UUUCCAGUGUCCGGGGAGGAGAUGACUGCGACCAGUACUGUCCUCUUACUCUUCAUCCUGUCUCUCACAAGCAGCAGGGCAGAAAAUGCAGAGGAGAGGCUGGUGAAUUACCUGCUGGGUCCCGAGCGCUACAACAAACUGAUCAGACCAGCCGUUAAUAAGAGCCAGCAGGUCACGAUCUCCAUACAGGUGUCCCUGUCUCAGCUCAUCAGUGUGAAUGAGAGAGAACAGAUAAUGACGACCAACCUGUGGCUGUUUCAGGAAUGGAAUGACUACAGGCUGAGGUGGGACCCAGACAAGUAUGAAGGCAUCAAAAAACUACGAAUCCCAUCUAAACACAUCUGGCUUCCCGAUAUUGUGCUCUACAACAAUGCUGACGGUGUGUAUGAAGUCUCCUUCUACUGCAAUGCUGUGGUCUCCAACACAGGGGAUAUCUUCUGGCUCCCCCCAGCCAUCUAUAAGUCGGCCUGUGCCAUCGAGGUCAAGAACUUCCCCUUCGACCAGCAGAACUGCACUCUCAAGUUCCGCUCCUGGACCUACGACCACACCGAGGUGGACCUCAUCCUCACCAGCGACUUCGCCAGCCGGGACGACUUCACGCCCAGCGGAGAGUGGGACAUCGUGUCGCUCCCUGCACGAAAAAAUGAAGACCCCAACGACAUCACCUACCUGGACAUCACCUAUGAUUUUGUGAUCAAGAGGAAGCCGCUGUUCUACACCAUAAAUCUCAUCAUUCCGUGUGUGCUGAUCACGUCACUGGCGAUCCUGGUGUUCUACCUGCCUUCAGACUGUGGGGAGAAGAUGACGCUGUGCAUCUCUGUGCUGCUGGCGCUCACUGUGUUCCUCCUGCUGAUAUCCAAGAUAGUGCCUCCCACCUCCCUAGCAGUGCCACUCAUAGGUAAAUACUUGAUGUUCACCAUGGUGCUGGUCACUUUCUCCAUCGUGACCAGUGUGUGUGUCCUCAAUGUGCAUCACCGUUCCCCGUCCACCCACCACAUGCCUGACUGGGUCAAACGGCUCUUCUUGAUCCGCCUUCCUGCCUUCCUCCUCAUGAGGCGCCCAGGAUCCUCCAAGCUCCGCCGGAAAUAUGCCAACCGGAAUGCCACAGGGAUAAAUGCCAAUAGCUCACGCAGUGGCAUGGAGAAGAAGCAGUAUUCCGACAUAAAACUUGGUGGCAUCCGGACAGAUGCCGACUCCUUCUACAUGAACGAGGACUCAGCCCGGAAGUUCGGCUGGAAGGUGGGUGACAUUCCAGACGGCGGCGGUGGGAUCCCGGACUUCCGGAGGCGUGUGGCAGUGCAGUGGGAUGCAGAUCUGGAGGAGGCAGUGGAUGGAGUGAGAUACAUUGCGGAGCACAUGAAGACAGAAGAUGAUGACGAAGGGAUCAUAGAGGACUGGAAGUAUGUCGCCAUGGUGAUAGACCGUCUGUUCCUGUGGAUCUUCAUCCUGGUGUGUGUGGUGGGAACACUGGGACUCUUCAUGCAGCCACUGUUCCAGAGCUAUAACACGCCCACUGCUGAUGACACUGAGUAUGGAGAUUUCUAAGCCUCUGCCUCUGGAAAAGGAACAUCAAAAAAAAAAAAAAAA